GCCUACUGACUUAGAUAGAUUAAAUAUCAUUCAUAUCUCUGGUACAAAAGGCAAAGGAUCUACGUGUGCUUUUACGGAAAGUAUGUUACGUCAUCGAGGAGUUAAAACGGGUUUCUACAGUUCUCCUCAUUUAGUUGCUGUUAGAGAAAGAAUUCGAAUAAAUGGAAAACCUCUGUGUAAAGAAAUGUUUACGUCAUAUUUUUGGGAGGUUUAUAACAAAUUAAAAUUACAAGAAAAGGCUGAAGAAGUAUCCAUGCCACCUUAUUUUAUGUUUUUAACAAUAAUGGCAUUUUAUGUGUUUCUUCAAGAAAAGGUAGACGUUGCUAUUAUAGAAGUUGGCGUUGGUGGUUUAUAUGACAACACAAACAUUGUGAGAUUGCCUGUUGUGACUGGGGUUACGUCUCUCGGUUAUGAUCACGUUGCCAUACUUGGAAAGACUAUUGAAGAAAUAGCUUGGCAAAAAGCUGGGAUAUUUAAAACAGGAGUUCCUGCCUUUACUGUUUCACAACCCCAAGAAGCUAUGAAAGUUUUACAGAAGAAGGCCUCUGAGAUUAAUUGUUCUCUACAUGUUGUACCUCCUCUUUCUACUUAUGAAUGGGAAAAAGUUGUGAAGUUAGGAAUUCCGGGUGAUGUCCAAACAACAAAUGCUUCUUUAGCAUUGCAAUUAUGUCAAAGUUGGAUUAAUCAGAGAAAACAAGAUUCCUCACAGAAGAAAGCAUCUACUAUCUUUCCAUUGAAUUUUGGUGCAGAUAAUCAUUAUUUGCCUCCUCCAUUAGCUUUGCCAUUUUCAAUCAGUACAAAAUUUGCAGAAGGUCUUCAGAAUUGUAGAUGGCCCGGUCGUCAUCAAACGAUUCACAGAGAUUCUAUUACUUACUUCCUAGAUGGUGCUCAUACUGCCGAAAGUAUGAUACCAUGUGUCAGGUGGUAUGCAGAAUGUAUCAAGAAAAUAGAGUCUAACAUAGGAGAUACAUACAAAGUGCUACUUUUCAAUUGCACUGGUGAGAGGAAAGCGGAAACAUUACUUACCCCUUUAAUUGACCUACCAUUUGAUUUAGUAGUAUUUUCUCCAAAUAAACUAGACUUAACAAAAGAUGCUACUUCAGAUCAAAGCAAUUUUACAGUGGAUCCAGAUAAAGAAUUAAUACAGUGUGAAAGAAAUAUGAAAGUAUGGAAUUACCUUUUAAGUUCUGUUUAUGAAGAAGAAAUAUCAUCCAAUGCCACAGGAACUUUAUCCAAGUCACUUCUAUCACAUUCGUCAGAACAAAAUAAUAACAAUACCAUAGUUUUUUCAUGUUUGAAAGACGCCUUGCAAUUCAUUUGCAAUAAUCACAAUUCCGAUUUAAAGAAAAAAGUGCCAAUGUUAACAAUGCCAAUUCCAAAUUUUUCAUCAUUUCCAUUAAAUUUGGUAACAGCUAAACACUUAUCUCUUUUUGUAACAGGAAGUAUACAUUUGGUUGGUAAUGUGUUAUCUUUAAUUGACCCAGAAUUACAAGAACAUUAAAAUUUUAAAUUAUAAAGUAGAUAUAUAUAUUUUUGCAGAAGUAUUAAGAAAACGAGAAAUGUUUAUUGAUAGCAGAUGAAGCAAAAAGAAUGUUUUUUUGGCUAUUAAAUUUUUAAAACAUUUGUUCAUUUUCCAUUUGAAGUAAAUGUACUUAAUGAAGAGCUAAAGGAAUUGAAAAGAUUCAAUCAAAUAAUUAUAUCAUUUAAAAUAUUUUAUGCAUCUUGUACAUUUAUGAAAUAUUUUUCAUAUAUUUAUAAUAUAUCAUAUCAGUUAAAAACAUGCCUGUGAAUUUAAUAUGAAAAUUUUUAUAUAAAUAAUUU